GGGGCGGGUCAGUCGGAAGUGACGCACCUGUCGCUGCGGUGACGGUUGCCUUGCAGUUCGGACGGUUUCGCUCGUCUUCCUUUUGUUUUUAGCAGCAUCAUUAUGUCCGGUGGCGGCGGAGAGUUCGGAAAUCCUUUGCGCAAGUUUAAGCUCGUCUUUUUAGGCGAACAGAGUGUUGGGAAAACAUCACUGAUAACAAGGUUCAUGUAUGACAGUUUUGACAACACUUACCAGGCAACAAUUGGAAUUGAUUUCCUAUCAAAAACAAUGUAUUUGGAAGAUCGGACGAUCAGACUCCAGCUGUGGGACACCGCAGGCCAGGAGCGAUUCCGCAGCCUCAUUCCCAGCUACAUUCGUGACUCGGCUGCUGCUGUUGUAGUGUUUGAUAUUGCAAAUUUGAACUCUUUUCAACAGACUUCCAAAUGGAUUGAUGAUGUACGGACAGAAAGAGGAAGUGAUGUCAUCAUUAUGCUGGUUGGGAAUAAAACGGAUUUGGCUGACAAAAGGCAGGUUUCGAUGGAGGAAGGAGAGCGGAAAGCCAGGGAACUGAAUGUAAUGUAUAUUGAAACUAGCGCUAAAGCCGGAUAUAAUGUCAAGCAGCUUUUCCGACGUGUAGCAGCUGCUCUGCCUGGUAUGGACAAUGCACCCGAAAAGAGUAAAGAAGACAUGAUUGAUAUCAAGCUGGAGAAACCACCAGAACCACCAAUCAAUGAGGGUGGCUGCUCCUGUUAAUAUUGGCACAAUCAAACUGUUCCCUAUUGGCCAGCAUCACCAACUGCAUUACAGUCAUUGACUAUCCACCUUGCUCCUUUUUUUGGUGGUGUGCUGGCUCAGUAAUGUGUGAACGUGCUGCUGUAAUCACACCAGGAGCUUCUUCAUUCAGAAAAUUCAAUUUCAUUUCCUUCAGCUGCAUGGUUUAUUUAAGAUCAGAGAUCAAGUUUGAUUUAAUUAUGUUAUGUAUUGCACUCUUAACACUGAGCGAUGCAGUCCUUUACAUUGUACAGAAAUGUGUGCACGAUGUAAAAUGUUUGUGUGAAUAUGCAAAGAUGUUGCUGUGUCAGGUUAUCAAAAAAAGGAUAAAUUGCCUAUGAUGUCUUGAUGUGGGUCUGAGCUGAGGUUUAGAUGCUGCUUUGACCAGUGGGAAUGUUUUUGUAAUUGGGAAAGAAGGGAAGCACCAUUGUAUCCAACAAAAUACUUCUGUCUGAGUAAUGUCUUAAUAUGCUGUCUUGGGUGGUCUUUGUUGGCGUGGGGCAGCAUUCUUGCUAUUGUGUGGUGCUAGAACAGCAUUGAUUUUCUACAGUUGAAGUAAGCUUCUAAAGCUAUAUUCCUUUGCUGUCCAUGGAUGUAUGUCUUGGCUCAUUUGUGCAGCCAUUUAAAGUUCAAGUGCCCUAGUGUAGUGUCUGUUUCAUUUAAGGUUGGAAGUUAACUGUUCAUCACUGGGGAGAGUAUCUGAAGGUUUUGCUGAGUAGCCACUUAGUCCCCUUUCCAAGUAGAUGAUUGGCACAAGUAGAUAGCAUCCAGUUUCAAUACCCCUGAAAUAAGUUAAAUAACUUAACCAUGCUUUAAUUCAUCUGUGGUGCAGGAUGUGAAGACUGAUAAGUAGUGUCAUGUCUUGACAGUUGCUGCUUCCUGAAUCUUCAGCCAAUAUUCUUGUGAACAGUAGCCCUUUUAAAUGGUCCCUGCAACUUUCAGGUUCAAAAUUAAUUAGUGCUUUUCUAAUCUAUUUUUUUCAGUUAUGCUAACUCUAAAAUGGUGUUUCUUGUGACAGUGGCAAAAAAAAGUAAUAUUCACUUUCUAGUUGCUCUUGGUGAACAGCAUUACAUUCCUGGAAUUAUCUUUUGUUUGGAAAACUGUGGAGAGAUACUUCGGAAUUUUAUUCAUAAAUCAGGAAGAAUGCUUGAUUGUAAUUUUGGAUAUGUGAUCACACUUCCCUAUGUUUCAGAUUAAUUGGAGUAUUUGAGUAAUUUAGCUGCAACUAAAAGAAAGUCACAAUCUCUGAAUAAAGAGUCUGUAUUAGUACUAGUCGCAGCUUCUUAUGCCAGACUCUUUCAUGAGCUAGUAGUUUACAGGAACUAUCUUACAGUUAAGCCACAGUUAGUUUUCAAAGCCCCCGAGUAUUGUGUUCCGCUGUACAGUCUCUGUACAUGCAGUUUCAGAAAUGCUGUAAUGUGUAAUUGGUGCUUUGGAUUCAGAAGUAAAUUUGUUGCUUUGUGAGCACGUGUAAUCUGUGUCUGUUAGCAAGAUAAAUUCUGGGGUUAGCAAACUCUGUUAACAUCAACAUAUUUAUGCAAGUCCUUAUUUUUAAUGGAACAUGUAAAAACCCUCAAAUUUAUUGGAAAGAGCUUUUUGGUUCAUUGGCAGUUUGAACAAACACCAGUAACACAAUUGUUGAUUAAAACUGUUUGCUGUAAAAAUGUGACCUUAUUACUGCCAGAUUAAAUUUUCACAUGUUCAUAACAUCAACAUGAACUGAUUUAUUGCAUUACCGCUAUUUGUAGACUUUUAAAGUAGCAUUUUAUACCAGAGUCUUACCCAGAAAUGCAUGUUAAGCAUACUUGGAGCAAUGCAGUUUGUUCAUAUGAACUUCUGUUUAGAUUGAAAUGUCAACUAAAUGGGAACGUAUUAAAAUAGUGAUGGUUGCUGCUAACUCAUUAACAAAAUCUAAAACUAACACUCUCUAUAUCCAGUUUUAAAAAUGUUUUGUACCAAUAAAUGUGAAGUCCUAUUACUAUCCUUUUUAUUUUGAAGGACUUGUAAUACUUGACAGGACUGAUGACUACUGCAAGGAUACCUGAUUCUGUAAAAUUCCCCAUAUUUUUCUCCACUUUUGAGAAUUGACUAGAAUGGACAAACCAGAAAUUAAAAGCUGAACUCUAAAGUUUAGAAGAAGUCAGGCAUUUAGUGAUUCUGACUGGGUUUUUUUUAAAAAUCAACAGCAUCUCACUGUGGCUCACUUUAAAACAUGUCUUUCAUUUCUAAUCAUGCUUUUAAAAUCAAGUGUACCUUUUUUGUUCUGAAAAAUACCAGCAUGCAUGUGGGCUUAGGUUUGUUGCUCAGUGAAAUAUCCCAUUUGAACUUUGCCAUGUCUAAUCAGCUUCAUUUUGAGGGUGAGUGUAUGCAAGGUUGAAGUAACUAAUACCAAGUGUGGCUUUCCUGUUUGUGAUUACAAUAAUUGGUAUUUUAAUGCAGCCUGUGGAGACCAGUAAUGAAGGAUGCUGUGUUGAAUAAUUUGGAAGAAAAAAAAUCAGCCUAUUACAAUGGAACUAUUUGCAAACAAGUACUGGAGCCUCCUCCAUCAGUGAUUGUGUUUUUCUUUUUGAAUAUUUAAGUCUUUGUUGUAAAUACUUGACAGUUGUAAUGUUCUCAUGUCUGUUUGUGUGUAUGCAUUUAGAUUAUGAUCUUUGGAAAGGCAGUAAGACACUAAACCACUUGCCUGUACUGAAGUUUAUACUAUUUAUCAAAUUAGAUUAGCUCAGCCUGUGUACCAGUGUCUCAAGUCUUUUGCAAAGAUAAAUAUCCUGUCUCUCAAACCAUUCACUGACACAUCUGUUUAAUAAAGAAAAUAUUUGUCUUCAGAUUCCACUAAUUAAUGAUCUCACUAGCUAGUUGUUAGAAUAUUUGUGUUAAGGUACCACCUCCUGUUGUAAAGUAUCCUCCUUGUAUUACACACAAUAAAAUGAGCCAUUUCACAACCAA